AUGGGUUCCCUGCUCUCCCUCCCCGCCGGCGCCGCCGCCUCGCGGCCGAGGAGGAGCGCGGAGGAGGACGAGGACCUGCUCGACAGCCGCGACCGCGAGGAGGACAUCGCCAAGUUCCCCUACGUGGAGUUCACGGGCCAGGACAGCAUCACCUGUCCCACGUGCCAGGGCACCGGCUGCAUCCCCACAGAGCAGGUAAAUGAGCUGGUGGCUCUGAUUCCCUACAGCGACCAACGGCUCCGUCCGCAGCGAACGAAGCAGUACGUCCUGCUCUCCGUGCUGCUCUGCCUCCUCGUGUCCGGGCUCGUCGUUUUCUUUCUCUUCCCACAUUCCGUCCUCGUGGAAGACGAUGGCAUCAAAGUGGUUCAAGUGUGGUUUGACAAGAAGAACUCCGUCGUCAUCCUCGCCAUCACGGCCACGUUAAGGAUCAAAAACUCCAACUUUUACUCGGUGACAGUGACCAGCCUGACCAGCCAGGUGCAGUACAUGAACACUGUCGUCGGAAGCCAGCAGAUCACCAACGUCUCCAGCAUCCAGCCCCUGAGUGACAAACUGGUGAAUUUCACUGUGAAGGCAGAGAUGGGUGGACCUUUCUCUUACGUGUAUUUCUUCUGCACGUUUCCCAAGGUCAAGGUGCACAACAUAGUGAUUUUCAUGAGAACGUCCGUGAAGCUGUCGUACAUCGGCCACGUCACGCAGAGCGCCUUGGAGAAGUACCACUACGUGGACUGCAGCACCAACUCCACGGCCUUCCCCGAGCCGCUGCCCACCGCGCCGGGCGCCGGGAAGGGCGUCCCGUGA